AUCAGGUGUCUCGCAGUCCAACGUGUUGUCUGCGAUCCGAACGUCACAGUUCCUCGGCGGGAUUUCUUCCUCCGGCAGACCCGGUGACUUCCCCGGUACUGCUGUUGGUCUUCUCCCUGGUUAAGACGCUGUCUCUUGGACCCAGCGCUCGUCCGUCACCCCGGUUGAGGCUCUGCGUUUUUCUUAACGCCGCGAGUCCCUGCUAGCGGGGCGUUAGCCGGGCAAGCGCUAGCAUGGCUGAUGGAAAACAUUUAGUGGCCGAAGACAGGACGACGAGACUGCGACACGUUGGAAUGAACCACAAGCUUAAGUACAUCAGUCUGGCUGUGCUGGUGGUCCAGAAUGCGUCGCUCAUCCUCAGCAUCCACUACGUGCGCACUCUGCCGGGCGAGCGCUUCCUGGCCACGUCGGCCGUGGUCAUGGCGGAGGUCCUCAAGGUGCUGGCGUGCCUCCUCAUCAUCCUGCUGCAGAAGAGAUUCAACGUAAAGGAGAUGGCGUUGUUCCUGGUGGACGCCAUCUUCAUACAAUACAGGGACACGCUGAAGCUGGCUGUUCCGUCUCUCAUCUACACGCUGCAAAACAACCUGCAAUACAUCGCCAUCUCCAACUUGCCCGCCGCCACCUUCCAGGUGACGUAUCAACUGAAGAUCCUGACCACGGCGCUCUUCAGUGUCCUGAUGCUCAAGAAGACUUUGUCCAAAGUGCAGUGGUUUUCACUACUGCUGCUCUUCGUUGGCGUUGCGAUUGUACAGGUGCAGCAGGGGUCCAGCAAGGAGACGAACAGAGCCGAUCAGAACUACGCGGCGGGCCUGACGGCCGUCAUCGUCAGCUGCCUGUCGUCGGGCUUCGCCGGCGUCUACUUUGAGAAGAUCCUGAAGGGGAGCUCGGCGUCGGUGUGGGUGCGCAACGUGCAGCUGGGUAUCUUCGGCACCACGCUGGGCGCCCUGGCGCUGUACUUGAACGACGGCGCCGCCGUGGCCCGCAGCGGCUUCUUCUCGGGCUACACCUACAUGGUGUGGGGCGUCAUCCUCAACCAAGCCUUCGGCGGCCUCCUGGUGGCCGUGGUGGUGAAGUACGCCGACAACAUCCUGAAAGGCUUCGCCACCUCCUUCUCCAUCAUCAUCUCCACCGUCAUGUCCAUCUACCUGUUUGCUUUCCGCGUGGACGGGCUGUUUGCCGCCGGCGCCGGGCUGGUCAUCGCCGCCGUCUACAUGUACAGCCUCCCGAAAUCGUCGGCCAACCUCAAUUCGUCUCCCUCGACGUCGAGAACUGAGGACGGAGCCGUGGCGGAGACCUUUCAGACAAAGUGCGACACGAAGGAGAAAGGAUCGUAAGACGAGACUCGAGAGCACUGCCCCCUCGUGGUCUUUUGGAGGACUUGUCUUACUUUUUUUUUUCACUUGAUACAGUAUUUGAAAUGACUGAAAAUUUAGCUCCGCCACCAUUUCAAAACGAAAUUAAAAGUAAGAUUUCGAUA